AGUGCCCGGCGCCCGCCUCGCGCUUCCCAGCCGCCCAAAAUGGCGGCGUCGGCGAGGCUCCCUUGCGCGGGGCUGCGCUCCCUGAGGCGCCUGCUGCUGGGACGCCCCUCGCACCCCGGGCGGCUGCCGGCGAGGGGGCUCCGCGCAGGAGUGAGUCUCCCGAGGCGGCCCCCCCUGACCCCCUCCCGCAGUCACGACCCGGAUAUUUGGGCCCCAUUUCAAGGGAGGGUUGGAUAGACGUGGGCUUUUCCCCACCUCUCAGCGAGAAAGGAAGUCCCUGUGCCCCACUUAGCCGUGGGGGUUUCUUUUCCUUGGGGGGGGCGUAUCAAAUAAGGGGUGGAAGGAGAGGUGGGACCCCCUUCCCUGGGGGUCUAGAGGUGGGGUUAUGUCUCUCCCCUCCCUCCAGAUCUCUUCCCCCCCAACCCUAAAAAACCAAAACAAAUCACAGAAACCCACAUUUUUCAGGGUUUGGGAGGCAAAGGCUGGAUGGGGGUGUGGGGUGCGAGGGAAUGUGGAAGUUGCACAUCCCCACGUGGCACUUUGCACGUGUAUGGGUGCAAACUUUGCGGGGUGGGGUGGGGAGGAGUGGAGCAUUUUAUAUUGCGGGUCCAUCUGUCCUUGUUGAAAAUGCUAUAUCCGUCUUCUCAGAAAUGGGUCUCCUGCAGGGAUUUUUAACUGGCAUAUGUUUACUGAAAUCUUUGUUAAUGCUGGUCUAUUGGGAGUUGUUGGAUGGAUGGAUUUAUUUAUUUGUUGUGUUUCUUGUGUUCUUUAUGUGAACUGCUUCUGAGUGAGCUCUGCCCAAAUAAUGACAUGGGUCAUUAUAAUAGUGCACAAUGUUAAACUGCGGAACUCACUGCUGCUGCAGGAGGAAGUGACGGCCACCAGCCCAGAUGGUUUUUAAAUGGAUUUGAUUUGAUUUUUUAAAACCGGUUUUUAUAAGGCAGGUGGGGUUUUGUUUUUGUUUUUUUUAAAAAAGGAUUGGACAGAUUCAUGGAGGACUGGCUGUAUCGAUGGCUACUGGCCUUGAUGGCUGUGCCACAAGGUCAGACACAAUAAUCCUUCUGAAUACCAGUUGCUGGAAACUGCUUGGAGGGGGCGUUGGAGAGUUGCUCUUACGCUCGAAUCCUGCUUGCGGCUUUGCCACAAGCAUGUGGUUGGCCACUGUGGGAAGAGGACGCUGGAUUAGAUGGGCUGUUGGCCGGAUCCAGAAGGGUCUUCUUACAUUCCUGCGGCUAUUAAUUUGGCUCACUCAAAUGGGAUGAUGGCGGAGGGUGUGUGUAUGUGUGUUGAGUUUGAGUUUCUACUGAAAUGAGGCUGCAUUUUAAUGUUGUAUUUUCAUCUUGUUUUUAAGUUGCAUUCUAAUCAAUUGUUUUUAUACAGUGGUACCUCGGGUUACAUACGCUUCAGGUUACAUACGCUUCAGGUUACACACUCCGCUAACCCAGAAAUAGUGCUUGAGGUUAAGAACUUUGCUUCAGGAUAAGAACAGAAAUCGGGCUCCGGUGGCGCGGCGGCAGCAGGAGGCCCCAUUAGCUAAAGUGGUGCUUCAGGUUAAGAACAGUUUCAGGUUAAGACCUCCAGAACGAAUUAAGUACUUAACCCGAGGUACCACUGUACCUGGUGUUAGCCACCCUGAGCCCGGUCUUGGCUGGGGAGGGCGGGGUAUAAAUAAAAUUUAUUAUUAUUAUUAUUGUUGUUCGGCAAAAUCUAGAAGACCACAACUUCCCUGCACCUUAUGAACUGAAGUGGUCUGUGGCCUUGUGGCCAAACACAAACACAUAGACACUCAUAAUGCUAGCCAAAAGUUCAUACAACUGGCUGCUUUGCACUGCUGUUCGCAAGGAGAGGUGGGCUUUCCUUCACCAGAGGCUUUUAAGCAGAGGUUGGAUGGCCCACCUGGCAGGGAUGGUUUACUUGAGAUUCCUGCAUUGCAUGGGGUUGGACUAGAUGACCAUCAGGGUCCCUUUCCAACUCUUAAAUUAGGAGUAUGCCCCAUUGAAUUUGGUAGGACUUACUUUCCCCCGGUGGGAUUUAACUCCCAAGUAAACGUGCAGAACAGAUGAGGCUGUGAGAGGGAGUCGAUUGCCUUUGCGCCCUGAUGGAAGGUGGGAGGCUUGUGUUAGAAAUGCUGCAAAUAUCUAUUUUCCAAAGCAUUCAGCAGGGAACCAGUCUUUUAAAAGGCAUCGUCAAAUGUGGUUGGUUGGUGUGUGUGUUUGUGGCAGGUCACCCUGUGUGUUUUCAGGACUUGGAAAACACUUUCUUUCAGAAAGGGAGGGAGAGAAUCUGUUUCCCCUGCAACUUUCUCCUGCCUGAUUGGGCCGUCUCAAGGGGCGUGUGUUUCUCUCUCUCUCUUUUGGGACCGCAUCCAGUUUCCCUCACCCUUUCCCCAGUGUUGAUUUACUGAAGUCAAUUAGCUUUCUUGUCACAGCUUUACAGGCCCAAGAUCUGUGGAGAUAAUUUUCCUUCUCUCCCUGGCAGCAGCCAAGGACGUGAUAUUUGUUUAACAAACAUGUCCGUCUUGGAUUUAAAGGCUUAUUCCACUGUUGUUUUCGACAGCUCAUAUAGCCUGAAUAGGGAACCUCAUCUGUCCAGAUGUUGUUGAACCAUACAGGGACAGCCUCUAAAGUGUAUAAUCCAAGAGACACUUUUUCUGGUUCUUCCACCCAGUAAUAUGUUACAGGCCUAGAUUUGCAACUACAUAAUAAUAAUAAUAAUAAUAAUAAUAAAUUAUUUGUUCCCCAGCCACUCUGGGCAGCUUCCAACAGAAUAUUAAAAUACAAUAGUCUAUUAAACAUUAAAAGCUUCCCUAAACAGGGCUGCAUUCAGAUGUCUUCUAAAAGUCUGGUGGUUGUUUUUCUCUUUAACAUCUGGUGGGAGGGCGUUCCACAGGGCGGGCGCCACUACCCAGAAGGCCCUCUGCCUGGUUCCCUGUAGCUUUGCUUUUCGCAAUGAGGGAACCGCCAGAAGGCCCUUGGCGCUGGACCUCAGUGUCCAGGCAGAACGAUGGGGGUGGAGACAUUUUGCAUUUUGUUUUACCAAAAAACCCACAACCCUGUAGAAACCAGGCCUGCCCCCCACCAUUCUGUCACACUCUUUUCACCAAGAAAUGAGAGGCAGUGUGGUGGAGGGAGGGGGUAGAGCAGGGGUGGGCAACCUAAGGCCCAUGGGCUGAUAGCAGCCCAUGAGGCUUGUCUAACCGGCCCAUGGCGCCCCCUGCUGCCACCCCUGCUGCCCGCUCUUACCGGUGCGGCGUUGCACAGGACCAACUUUUGGGUUGAUGGCGCCCAUGCACAUGGGUGCUCCUCCGACCCGGAUGUGCACUGGAAAUAGCAUGUGCGCGCACAUGCGGAACGGAGAAGCACCCGUGCGCAUGUGCACACGCUAUUUCCAGCGCACUUUUGGGUCGGGGGAGUGCCAGAAAUAGCUUGCACGCGGGCGCUCCUCCAACCUGGAAGAGCACGCAUGUUCACACCGGCCCAUCCACGGAUAAGGUUGCCGACCUCUAGGGUAGAGUGUCAGACCAGGGUGCAAAUCCCCACUCAGUUAUGAAGCUCACUGGGUGACCUUGGAUCACUAAAAAUCUCUCAGCAUUUCCUACCUCACAGGGGUGUUGUGGGGAUUGAAUGAGGAGAGGGAGAGCCGUGUAUGUCACUCUGAGAAAAAGGUGUAAUUGCAGUAAGCACAUAAUAAAUUGAACUGAGGGUGGGGAUAUCUUGUUAGGGAUGUGCUCAGUUCUUCAGCCUGGGGCAGGGAGCAGAUUUAGCCCCUACUCCCACUGGAUACCCUUACGCUAAACAUUGCAUCUGGGGACCAUGUUUUAUCGCUGUGUUUGUGUUUCUGUCCUACGAAGCCCGGCCUACAGAAGGGCUCCUGCAGCUGCUGGCGGUGUUUCACACAGGGCUGGUCUUUACCUACCACCCCUGACAGCCCCGUACUUGCAGAGAGGCAGUCCACUGGAAGGGGAGGCGCACUGCAUGCACAAGCACACCCUGGGAUCUUGGCAGUACACGCCACCUCCUUCUACAUUGCCAAUGGGGAUGCAAAGUGAAGUGGGUUAGAGGGUUUGUGGGACCACCUUUUGAAAAGCCAAGGCACAUCGCUUGCUGCUGUGAUAUAGAAGCCGGGGGUGGGGGGGAAAUACCUAUGUGGUGAUAGCUUUGCAGAAUGACAAGUGUAACUGAAAUAAAAUAGGUAGCUGUGUUUGUCUGAUGCAGUAGAAAUAUAUAUAAAAAAAUAAAAAAAAUUAUCCAGUAGCACCUUAGAGACCAACUAAGUUUGUUCUUGGUAUGAGCUUUCGUGUGCAUGCACACUUAUUCAGUAUCUCUGUGGGUAUCUGAAGAAGUGUGCAUGCACAUGAAAGCUCAUACCAAGAACAUACUUAGUUGGUCUCUAAGGUGCUACUGGAUAAUUUUUAUUUAUUUAUUUAUUAUUUCUACUGACAUCAAAUACAUAGCAUUUCAGUUGCCUCGUCGCUGUAUGGCAUGAUGCAACUCUGUUCACCUUUUCACAGGUGUGUUGUUCUCUCUUUAUCCGUACCAGGUAUGCCUUCAACAGCAGGAAGAGUUUACCUCUUUGGAGGAGAAGCCGCAAUUCCCCGGUGCCUCGGCCGAGUUCGUAGACAAGCUAGAAUUCAUCCAGCCGAAUGUCAUUUCAGGGAUUCCCAUCUACCGAGUUAUGGACCGACAGGGGCAGAUCACCAACCCCAGUGAGGACCCUGAGGUAAGACGCAGGGGCCUUGUCAGAUUGUCCAGUUCAGUGCACUGUGCAGUUCCGAAGGAAAAAAAAUCAAGAGGUUCUUGCAGGAGCCAAGGAAUUUUGAAAUACUUUCCUUCGGCCCUGUUCAAAUAUUUUUCAUCCAGCGGCAUUUCUCCCUCCAUUGCAGCUUCCCCAAGAGCAGGUGCUGAAAUUCUACAAGAGCAUGACGCUUCUCAACACCAUGGAUCGGAUUCUGUACGAGUCCCAGAGGCAGGUAUGGCCGCAUUUCACACACACACGUGCCGUAAGAUUCUGCCCCCCUCAUUCAAAAAACAAAUUGUCCUAUUGGGAGGGUCACACAAAAGUAUCUCCUGACUUGGGGAUGUGGAUGUAGCCUGGCCUUCUCCAACCUGAUGGUUUGGUUGGACUUCCAUCACCCCUGAGUGCUGGCCCUGCUAGCUGGGGCUGAUGGGAAUUGUAUUCCAAAACACCUGGCUUACAGCAGGUUGGGGAAAGUUGAUCUAAUGUAGGACUGUCCGACAGGUCAAUUGUGAUCUACUGGUCAUUCGUGGGAUGCCCUUUGUCAGUCAUGGUUGAUCGUGCCCCACCCCCCAAAAAGCUCAGCAACUCUGAGAAGAUCACUGCCAGUUUUUUUUUAUAGUGGUUAUAGAUCGCAGUCUCCUGGAAGUUGGACAGCCCUGAUCUAAUGAAUAGACAGAGUAACAUGCACACAAAGCUGGGCCCAGAGGCCUUCACCUUCCUUAGAAUCAUAAAAUUGUAGAGUUGGAAGGGACCAUGUGAAUCCUCUAGUCCAACCCCCUGCAAUGCAGGAAUCUUGCCCAACAUGGGGCUCGAACCCACAACCCUGAGUCUUUUGCUCUCCUGACUGAGCUAUCCCUUCCUCCUUCCAUGACUAAGUUCAGUUUGUUUUCCCUAGGGUCGGAUCUCCUUCUACAUGACCAACUACGGGGAGGAAGGCACCCACGUGGGCAGCGCAGCGGCUCUUAGUGACACCGAUCUGGUCUUUGGACAGUACCGUGAAGCAGGUAAGGGACAAUUCACUCUCCCUCUUGCUGAAGUGUGGUGUGCUACUAGCUGCUCAGCCACUGGGUGGCAGCACAUGACAGCUCAACACUGCAUUGCUCUUAAUAGCAUUAGGCAUAUUUGCAUUACCCCUGCAAUACUACUUCUUUCCUGUUAUUCCAUUUUUUAAUCAUUUGUUCCCAUUUUCCCUUAGGAUACACUGUCUCUUGGGCUGGUUAGUUCUGCACACCGUGUGACUGUUUAUAAACAAUUAAAGGAGCCGAUUAGACAGGCACAUGGUACCAUGUGCUUUAAAGGUUGAUUGAUCUGUUUUUAUAUUCCAUAAUAGCAGCCAUCGCAAUAGGUGUUCUUAAUAGGCCUCCUUUUCUGCAGUGUAAUCUUGAAUUUAUUUUAUAGUAGGCUUUUGAACCUUGACUGAGAUGGCUCCCCACCCCCAAAUGUGUUCCUCUCGUCCAUCAAAUGGAAGAAGCAUUGCUCCCGAACUCUGUGCAUCAACUAGUGCACUGUUAAUACCAUUACUGGCUUCUCACUCUGAUAAAAGGUGCUUCCGUUUAAUCUCAUGCUCCCUCUUGCUCCUCUUAGGUGUACUGAUGCACAGAGGGUACCCUCUGGACCUGUUCAUGGCACAGUGCUACGGCAAUGCCAGCGACACUGGGAAAGGCCGUCAGAUGCCCGUGCACUACGGCUGCAAAGAUUUGCACUUUGUCACCAUAUCAUCCCCACUAGCUACGCAGAUCCCACAAGGUGAGACGAAAACGGGGUUAAAAAUUUCCAAGAUGAUAAAGGGUCUGGAAACCAGGCCUAAUAAUAAUAAUAAUAAUAAUAAUUAUUAUUAUUAUUAUUAUUAUUAUUAUUAUUUAUCACCGCCCUCCCCAGCCAAGGCUGGGCUCAGGGCGGCUAGCAAGCAAUAAUAAAAACAAGUUGAAUGAAUACAACUUAAAAACAAGAUUAAAAUACAACAUUAAAAUAUUGAAACAUUAAAAUAUUAAAAUGCAGCCUCAUCACAGGAGGAGAAAGGAAAAAGAAAGAGGGGGAGGGAAUCAAAUUGGCUCCAAGCCAAAGGCCAGGCGGAACAACUCUGUCUUACAGGUGCUGCGGAAAGAAAUCAGAUCCUGCAGGGCCCUGGUCUCAUGAGGCAGAGCGUUCCACCAGGCCAGAGCCAGUGUUGAAAAGGCCCUGGUUCUGGUUGAAGCCAAUCUGACUUCCUUAGGGCCUGGGACCACUAGGGUGUUGUUAUUUAUUGACCUUGAGGCUCUCCGUGGGGCAUACCGGGAGAGGCGGUCCCGUAGGUACGAGGGUCCUAGGCCGUGAAGGGCUUUAAAGGUCAAAACCAGCACCUUAAACCUGACCCUGUACUCCAGCGGGAGCCAGUGCAGCUGGAAAAGCACUGAGUGAAUAUGCUCCCAUGGCAGAGACCCCGUGAGGAGCCUUGCUGUUGCAUUCUGCACCCGCUGGGAGUUUCUGGGACAGCUUCAAGGGCAGCCCCGCGUAGAGCAAAUUACAGUAGUCAAGCCUGGAGGUGACCGUCACAUGGAUCACUGUGGCCAGAUCACUGAGGAACAGUUGAGGGAACUGGGUAUGUUCAGGCUGAAUCGGUGGUUUAGCUUGAUCUGUGGUAGCUUCAAGUGCACAUAGUAUCUGAUCUUCUUUCCCUCUGGCAGAGUCAGGAGGUGUGAGACACCCCAGGCUGGCAAAUCCCCCUUUGGGGUCGUUGCCAAAGGGGUCUGGGAGCAGAGCGGGUCACAACACUGCUUAGUAUGGACAGAUCCUCCGCUUUAUUAAUGACAAGGGUUCGUUACAACAAAGCAAUCCUUUGUUUGAAGACACGGUCACAGCGAAUGGCCUGUGCACCCAUCUCUUUCCUUUCCCUGCUCUCAUUCCCUCUCUCCCCUCCCCAUUUGGCAGCUGUUGGCUCCGCCUACGCCAUCAAGAGGGAGAACACCAACCGGAUUGUCAUCUGCUACUUUGGGGAGGGCGCGGCCAGUGAGGGCGAUGCCCACGCAGGCUUCAACUUCGCCGCCACCCUGGAGUGCCCCAUCAUUUUCUUCUGCCGCAACAACGGCUAUGCCAUCUCCACCCCGACGUCUGAACAGUACAGGGGCGACGGAAUAGGUGAGGGGGGUCAGGCCAGGGUGUGGGUGGGGUGGAGAAUGCUCUGAGGCUACAUGACUUUACCUUCCUGCCCCAGAUUCUGGGUGAAGCAAGAAUAACAUAGAAGGUCCACUUUGGAAGGCUCUGCUGUUACCAGCUACUGCCGCAUAACUAGCACAGAAAUAUAUGUGCCUUUUUUUCAUCUUUAUAUUGGCAUUGUUUCAUCAACUGUCCCGAAAGCACCUGCUGCAACGUGAAGCGUGGCUUCCCAGAGUAGGGCGUAUCAUAUUGGGAGUAAAAGUUAAUUUUUGCAAACUUCCUCAGUUAGGGGUCUUAAAAUCAUGUUUUCGGGGUGUGAGGAAUUCAAAUCUGCUAUUAUUUUUGUGAUCAGACAACAUUUAGCUCUGUAAGUCUGCAUUUGAUGAAGAUACAUGUAAACUGCUUUCGGGAAACCCAUGAAUUUUAAUAUUAACUUCUGAAAAUGUUGAGUAAUGCUAAAGAAUAAUAAUGUAUAACAGCAAGUUCUUGGCAAUCAUUUUUAAUCAUUUCUUUGCAGUUUUGCACACAUAUUACCUAUACUAAGUAAAACUAAAUUAUAUCUAUUCAACCAAAAUACAGUGGUACCUCGGGUUAAGUACUUAAUUCGUUCCGGAGGUCUGUUCUUAACCUGAAACUGUUCUUAACCUGAAGCACCACUUUCGCUAAUGGGGCCUCCUGCUGCCGCCGUGCCGCCGGAGCACAAUUUCUGUUCUCAUCCUGAAGCAAAUUUCUUAACCCGAGGUAAUAUUUCUGGGUUAGCGGAGUCUGUAACCUGAAGUGUAUGUAACCCGAGGUACCACUCUAUCUUUCGAAUUCCCAAAUCAAUGUCAUGACUUCUUAGCACCUCUCAUUUUUGGAAUUGGAAAGUUGAACAGUCCAACACUCCCUAUUCCCAGAGCGCCCAUCCUUUGCUUUCUUUCCACAGCUGCACGUGGUCCCGGCUACGGCAUCCAGUCUAUCCGGGUGGAUGGCAACGACGUCUUUGCCGUGUACAAUGCCACCAGGGAGGCCCGUCGCCGGGCUGUUGCUGAGAACCAGCCCUUCCUGAUUGAAGCCAUGACCUACAGGUAGGUGUGGAGCGAGCAGGGGGAGUCAAUGGAGCACAAGUCCCAUAGCCUGAGAAGGAAGUGGCCUGAUGUGGGGGGCGGGACCAAUGAAUCAUGAGCUGCCCGUUUCCCUCUCAGGAUUGGACAUCACAGCACAAGUGACGACAGCUCCGCCUACCGCUCGGUGGACGAAGUCAACUAUUGGGACAAGCAAGACCACCCUAUCUCUCGUCUCCGUCACUACAUGGUGGGCAGAGGCUGGUGGGAUGAGGACCAGGAGAAGACAUGGCGGAAGAAAUCCCGCAAAAGGGUGAGUGGCUUGGAUGUAUGGUUCCACAUUAACCUCCUGAGAGCCAGUGUGGUAUAGUGGUUAAGAGCAGUAGACUCGUAAUCUGGUGAACUGGGUUCGCAUCUCUGCUCUUCCACACGCAGCUGCUGGGUGACCUUGGGCUAGUCACACUUCUCUGAAGUCUCUCAGCCUCACUCAUCUUACAGAAUGUUUGUUGUUGGGGAGGAAGGGAAAGGAGAAUGUUAGCCGCUUUGAGACGCCUUCGGGUGGUGAUAAAGCAGGAUAUCAAAUCCAAACUCUUCUUCUCUGUCUUGUCUGUGUUUCUGUGGGUGCCUGCUUGUGAUAAAUAGGCAGACAUUCAGGAUCUGUACAAAACAAUGCAAAAUAUGAGCAAAGGCCAACAAUAUUGAAGUCUCCUAGGACGAACAUAGGGAGCAGCCUUAAUGCUAAGCCAGAACAUUGCUCCCCCUAGCUUAGUGUCAAUGCUCUACCUCUUGAGCUACCUCUUCGUUAUUUAGGGGGGUGCUCCUUCCAUCUGCCCGUGCCCUAGGUACAGUAUAUAGCCCGCUUGAAAAGGAGGAACAUGCAUGGUGACUUCCACAGGGUGUCAGGGACUGGCUAGGCGAGGAGGAAUGGUGGGAGGCUACAGCCGGGGAACCCCCCCAGGGAAGCAUCAGAGUGGGAAGGCUCCUAGCCAGGAGAUGGAUGGUGGGUUGCAGAAGACAAGUCAGAGGAAGAAGUGGGGGCAGAUGGGUUGGAGGCUGAGCAAGCAGUAGGUUUAAGUGAAAGUGAGGCAGCUGAGGAGAAGGAGGCUGAUGCUGCAACAGAUUGCCAGCCCCCUGCCAGUUCCACUGUCUCCUCCUCCCGUCCUCUUCUGUCCCCAAGAACGAGAAGGGUGUUACCUGUAACAGAGCAAAAGUCACAGAGAGCCCCUCCUCAAAAGAGUUUGAGACUCUUACGAAGGCAGCCAGCUGCAGAGGAGCCUUGGAAGGAAGUGGGAGGCUCAGAUCCCCUGUGCCAGCCCAGUAUACCUGAAGGAGCGUCUCCACCCCCAUCAUUCAGCCCAGACACCAAGGUCCAGCUCCGAGGGCCUUCUGGAUGUUCCCUCACUGGGAGAAAUGAGGUUACAGGGAACCAGGCAGAGGGCCUUCUCGGUAGUGGCGCCCGCCCUGUGGAACGUCCUAUCAGAUGUCAAGGAAAUAAACAACUACCUGCCUUUUAGAAAAUAUCUGAAGGUAGCCCUGUUUAGGGAAGCUUUUAAUGUUUGAUGUUUUAUCGUGUUUUUAAUAUUCUGUUUGGGAGCUGCCCAGAGCGGCUGGGGAAACCCAGUCAGAUGGGUAUAAAUAAAUUACUACUACUACUACUACUUCAUCAUCAGGUUAGUCCUGCCUGUGAAGUUCGCCAUUGUGUUUUGUCUCUCUGAAUAAAGAAUCGACUUUACUGCUCAUCUCUGAGUUUCUGUGCUGAACUGCAGCCAAACCAGCCCUGACACAGAGAAAUUCCAGUGCUCAUCUGAUCAGCUUUCUAAAAUAGAACCACUUCUUUGUGAUGAAUAGAAGCAUCCUGGCUGAGGUGGGACAUAACCGUGGGUGCUCCUUUUCAGAGAAGCCGGGCGCCUGCCCCACCCUCCUUUUCUUCCGCACAGGAUUGUAAAGCAAAUCGCAGGUCCGGAACGGGGACUCCCAUCUCUGCUUUCCUUUUGUAUUCCUCAGGUGAUGGAGGCCUUUGAGGAGGCGGAGCGCAAGUUGAAGCCCAGCCCUCAGUUCCUCUUCUCCGACGUCUACUGCGAGAUGCCCUGGCACAUCCAGAAGCAGCAGGAAUCCCUGGAACGCCACCUCAAGCAAUACGGCGAACACUACCCGCUGGGCCAGUACGAGAAGUGACCUGCCUUCCCCUCGCCUCUCUGCCCUCCAGCACCUGGGAUGUGCAGGAGAUUGGCUCAAGCCAGCGUGCAGAGAGAGAGAGAGAGAGAGAGAGGUUUUGUGUUCUGGGCAACCCCUUCCUUGUCACAGUGGUGAUCGUGUGAAAAGGAAGGAUCAGUUGCUAAGAGACUCCACACCGGGGGAUCCCUUUUGGAUACUUUGGGGUUGAGGGGCUGGCACCUGUAAGCUGUGUCAUUGGGCCCCACCCAGGGGCUUCAAACUAGCUUGUGGUAGCAGCCCAGACUGUUACUUUGCCCCCGUUUUUAGAAUCUGCUAGUUGCACAGAGCCUGUUCAAAGCACACGAAACAUCCACGGCUCUCCUGCUGUGGAUGUGAAUUGCCUUAGAUCUGCUGCUUCCCCGACUCUUCUCCUGCUCCCGGUACCCUUUCCCUCCAUGAUUCUGUCAUUCAGCCAGAAAUUGGGCAUAAGCCAGCCGGCAGCACCUUGGUUGCCCCUGUGGGGGGCAAGCAUUUUUGCCAAACCGAUCCCUAAUGCCAUCGUAAAUGUCUUCGGAACUGAAUACCACUUUGGUGGAAUCUGCUGCUAGAAUCUGCGCUGUCUAGAGUGGGAGGCCACAGCUGGUGUCCUGUCUGAGAAGUAAAUCCAGGCCUUCUUCGGAUAGUGUCUUUUGGGUGAUAAAUGGCAUUUUUAAGGGAUGUGAACCUCAAGCUGUCAUCUUAAAUUUUUUGAGGGUUUUUAGCAGCCGGGGAGAGCAAUGCUGAAAGAAGUUACGGUUGUCUUGCCUGGCCUUCUUUUCCUGAGCCCUUUCCCCGAUCUAAACUGGCACCUGGAGGGGGGAGUUCUCUUGGUCUGUUAUGCUUGAAUCGGAAGUUCUUACCAUGGAAAGCAAUGGUUCUAUUUGGGCUGCUGGGAGUAACAAGUGUCUAGGCAAAUGUAUGUAUGAACAAAGGGGCACAUUGGGGAAUUAAUAAAACUUUCGUGGGCAUUUGCCUCUAUGCAGUCUGCUUUUCAACCAGUGAGAAUCUGCAGCCGGGGUACCACAUUCUUGACUGGGAUAGUUAUCAGAAUGGGUGGAACCCGUUUGACAGUCACUUGGGAAGAAAAGAAUGGCACUUUGCACGUGCUCAGAGACACACUGCCUUCGCUUCACAGGAGUUAGGGCUUGCGCCCUAAAUCGAAGCAGGCUGUGGAUUCAUGUUAGAUGAAUUCAUGUUAGAAUGAUUAAAACUGUGGUAGAGCAAAGUUAGCUGCUUCAUCUCAUUUCACCCUGACUGCGAUGAAUAUUCUGCAGUUGCACUACGGUGCCAUAGGGUCGCAUCCAAUGCCAGCCCUCCUCUGAGUAGACCUACUGAAGUUAAUGGCCAUGACUAAUGCAGAUUUAUUAAUUUCAGAGGCUCUUGUCUGAGUAGAACUUGGUUGGAAACAGGUACUAGGUACAGAAUCCAUCAUCUUCAACACCUUACGGCACGUUCCUUAAAAUUUUGUAUCGGAGUAUUUUCCUAGUUUACCUGUUAUUUGAUCACUGCUUUGUUUUACCACCUGUCAGCCAUCAUGUGGAAGGACACUAUAAAGAUUCCUUGGCCAUCUGC